AUGUCUACCGACUACUUUUCAGACCAGGAGACCUUCCUUACCAACCAUCCCCUACCUACACCGGUUGGAACUCCAUACAGUUCCUUAUCGCGGACGACUUCAAAAUACGACACGCCAGGGAGUGACAUUCCUAGUUCGCCGCCUCCCUUCCCACCAGACCACAGUUUUAGCUCCGAAGAUGCUGCCAACGACGAGAACAUCUCGGUUCUAGACCCACGUCGCUUUACUCCAACCUUGCACGCAAAUCUGGUUUCUGAGAUCCUGAACCUCCGUCGGGAGCUUGAUUCAAAACAUAGGUUCAUUGAUGACCUGGAGACAAGUUUGCACACCGCCCGCACAGACAAUGACUCCCUUGCAAAGCAGCUGUCAUUGUCUACCAAGGAAAGCAAAUCAGCCAAACGCCAGCUCCAGCACUUCGAGACCGAAACACUCGCCGCUUUAGAAGAGAUUGCAGGUGAAAGAGACAAGUUCAAGGAAACUAACGCGGAUUUGCGGGAGAAGCUAGCAGCAGCAGAGAAGAGAACACGAAGUCAAGAUGACGAUUCGACCAAGGUGCACGACAUGUGGGCCCGAGAAAAGGAAGAGUGGGCAGGUGAAAAACGAAUUCUGGAGCGACGCGUUCAUGUGUCAGAAACACGGUUAAAGAUGCUUUUGGAUGAGAUCGCUAUACACGAAGCUGCCAAUGAGGACGCUGGUGUGGAAAGUGAGGCAGAUGAUCCAAGCCGGGAUACUGGUAUACCGGAUAGUGAUACAGGAAGCGUACGGUCGUCACCACAGCGAAGAUCGUCCACCCGCCUUGGCCGUCAUUCGAGAAACCGAAGCAGCAGCAGUUACAAGAGUAUUGGACGCAACUAUCGAAUGUCUUUGAUGAGCUCCGAUGGACACUUCCGAGGCAACGGUAUGAGUCUGGCAGACGAGCUUAUAUUCGACGAAGAAGACGAGGAACUGGAUGAACUAGAGCUCGAUUCGGAUGAUUUUCCUGAAAAUGAAAUGCGGGCAAGAAGAGCUCGCGAAUCCCGAAUGUCGAUGUUACCAGACGAAAAAGCAAAACGCAUCCUAGGAUUGAGCAACGACACCCAGCAGGCUGCCCGGGAUAGCCCUGUUAUGACAGCCGAAGAUACCGAGCCGCGGAAGUCGUCGUAUGAAACGGUUCAAUCAUCUGUAACACUAACGCCUCGCGAUAUCACUCUAGUAUUCCCGCCAACACGACCAAUCUAUGUUGACACAGGCGUUCAACCAUCGCCUCCACCCUCACCUACGAAGCUUGUUAUGGUUGAAGCGGCACCACUAACGAUUGAACCAUCCGCUCCGAUGAAGUCGAACGAUUUCUCAUCCACUGCAGCUGAGAUUGAAGCGAAUCAGAGCCGGAAGCGUGUUUCAGUACCCUUGGCCUCUAGUCCACCCAGCCAAGCCAGCCCUGAAAUUUGCACUACGACUUCAAGCUCGGUACAAACCGUUGAGCCUCUAAGCCCGCCGCCUACUCCCAGGAUCCCUAUGCCAACAGAAAAAGCACAUUUGCCACCUGUCAUACCACCUCAGCUCGUAUCUACAGCCACGCAAACAGACCCUCUGGUAGAGCCUGAAACUGUGCCUGAGACGCCCAAGAAAGCUCCAUUACCGACCCCGAUCACAAUUCCUUCAAUUGCCAUCCAUGCUCCUACGUCCGCUCCUUCGUCGCCGAGAGCUCCUAUCCUUCCUCCCGGCACCAAGACUGUGUCAACUCAGACGAGCGGCGAUCUUGUAGCCCCGAUGCGCUCAACUGCCAUGCAGACUGAGCCAAUCAGAAUCGAUCAGAGACCUGUCAAGCUCCCUGCGCAUCUCCUUCCCUCCGCCAUAUCUUCCAAGCCUGGAACGCCCGAGGCUGAGAGUAAGGUCGCAAAGAAAGACUCUCACCAUUCUGCUUCGAGCGACACAGAGCACACUACUCUGAAGUCAACAACUCGUCAGGACUUCAUCGCUCGUCUCGAAAAGGCUGCCGAGAAGAAGAUUGAGAAUCGUUACCCCGGAAACAACGACAAUGGACCUUUGUCUCGUCAGCUUCAUGCAGACGUACUCAACCGGCCUUUCCGCACAAGCAGUCUCUUCGCCGGGUUUGAUGGCCCCUCAUCUGAUGAAGAGGAUGAAGAAGCCGAUCUGAGCGACGAUGACUACAGACCAUUCUCUACUCCAAUGCUGUCGUCGCGUAACGCGAAGAGUGGACGGCCAGUGAACCCUCCUACGCCGGUCCCAGAAGACAAGGAAACUACACCCAUGUCCAGGCCAUCAGAGGACUCCGUCAACAGCGUCUCAUUAGCAUCUAAGCGUAGCUCGAUAGAGAAGCCUUCGAGAGUUGGCAAGACACAGCGCAAUUCGAUCAGCCGCCAGCCCAGCAUUCGACGAUCUGCAAUGAUUCAAAGCAGUACUGCAGCUCAUGCCCGCUCUCGUAGCCCCAGUAUUGGAAGCCUAGGCUCUAGUAACCACAUCCCGAAGCCACCCUUCCCAGUGCCUACUCGAUCAAGCUCGCGCAACAAGCCAGUGAGCAAGAGUGAGGGCUCGCAGAGCCCAACGCCUCGCAACAGUGGCUCAUAUGCCGGCCGCCGUCCGUAUGGCGUCAAGCAUCAGCGGAAAGAUAGUCUACGCAAGGUGCGAUCUGCUGCUCCUGUAUCCAAGGGUACACGCUCCCGUAGCAGAUCACCCACACUGCCCGCGACUCCAAGCAAUGCCGACACAUCUUCAAUACCUCCACUACCAAGCGACAUUGUGAGCGCGAGUGGCUUCCGCCACCGACACCAACUAUCGACAGCCACUGCAGCAACGGCUUAUACAGCCAAUGGGUCCACCAACAGCUCGGUAUCACACACUAGUGUGGUCGAUGCAAUCGCUGCAGCCAUGAUUGGAGAGUUCAUGUGGAAAUACGUCAGAAAGAGGAAGGCUUUUGGCGGUCCUGACACGCCGGCAGAUGUCAGUCGCGCAGCAGAGGAGGCUUCGUUGGCCAACCAUGGUGUAAGACACAAGCGCUGGGUCUGGAUCUCACCGUACGAGAGAGCCAUCUUGUGGAGUAGCAAGCAGCCAACCACUGGUUCUGCAUUGAUGGGGAAGAGUGGUCGCAAGCUCGUCAUCCAGUCUGUCCUUGAUGUUGCCGACAACUGCCCCCCUCCCAAGAACGAGACUCUUUUCAACCGCUCCAUCCUUAUCCUCACUCCUGCCCGUGCGCUCAAGUUCACUACCUCAUCACGCGAACGUCAUUACCUGUGGCUGACAGCACUUUCCUUCCUCGCCCACUCGAGCGCACCGAUGCUAGAUCUUGGAUCUUUGCCGCCUGUACCACCGCCAGUCGACGAACCACAACGUCAGCAGGGCGCAACACUCCGCCGUAGCCGCGUUCAGGAUUCUGUGCGUCUUGCCAAGGGCAGGACCAAUCCGGUUAUGGCUCGAUAUGCGUCUCAGGAUGAACCAAUGCCCAGUCUACCCUCUCUCUCUGGGUUUGAAGGAGUUGUGCCAGACGCUGCCAGUCCUCCUGUUAUUCCUCGUGGCCCUCAACACGGUAGAAAGAGAAGCUCCACCGGACCAAGCGCACCUCCUCCAAGUGUCCCCUUUCGCAGUUUCUCACACCAACACGUACCGUCUGUGUACUCAAACGUCUCCUCCGAUAUGUAUAGUGCUGGCGUACCCCCAUCAGUACCUUCAUCGGUCUACAACCCCAACAGCGGCGCUAUGAGCUCUCGAACAUCAGAGGCCAGCACAUCGACUCGUCAACACUUCUUCGAUACCAUGGGCACCGUUCGCAUGGAAGCUUUCAUCGACAACGCUCUCGGUGACCCAAAGCAACUGAGCAGCUACAGCGGACGAGCACCGCAUAUGCAGCACCGUCGUCGUCGUGGCAGCAGCCAAUGGAGUGCCAGCACACGCGACCAAUCCAAUCGUGGCGGCGGUCUAUUCGACUUUGACUCUAACGAUCCUUUCCGCGGUUUCUAA